AUACUAUUUGCUAUUUUGUGACAGAUUCGAAAUAGUUCGUAUAAUUUUCAUCCGUCCAGUUUGCUUAUCUGCUGGUCUUACGUGUUGUUUAAACUACCGUGCUCGAGCCCAAACUACAAGAAAUGGUCAGUUUAAGUGAACAGGUUGGCGCCAUCAAGAAUAUUAAAGAAAAAUAUUUAAAUGAUUCGUUAUCUUUAAGACUGAAUCCCGUCAGUCAGUUAGAUGACUUUUUGAAUGCUGACCAUUUACCCAUCGAUCUUUCUCAGAUGGAUCUACAAUUAGCUAUCACCACUGCUGAAGCCAUAUUAGAUAAUGUGCGUUUCGAAGAUGAAGAAUUAAAACGAGAUUGUGAGCAAUUAUCACAAAAGCUUGAGCGGAGUGUAGCCCGAUAUAAUGCAGACUUAUCUGAAAAGGAAAUUGCCAAAAAAGAACACCACUUAAAACUGAAAACUGCUAAGGCGAAAUUAUCGGUCUACGAAAAAUUCACGAAGACGAAGUUCACCAUUAAUCAAGACUCCAUCACAGCUUUUAUUUUCAACCCGGAUGACAUGGUACAAUUAACUAUCCCAGAAACCCUGACGAGUACCGAUAUUUGUCAAAUGAUGAAUUCACUCCAAAAGAAUGUGACCAAACCCAUGUUAAGUGAAAAUGAGAUCAGACAAAUGAAAAAUUUAUGGGGUCGUAUGAAAGUUUCUGAAAAAUGGAAGCACUUAGUCGAACCAAGAACAUCAACCAAAAUGUCAGAAUAAUUAAAGUUGUGUGUGCAGAUGUGGAAAUAAUUCUGCAUUUUCAUUUGUAUUUACUUAAAAAAUCAAGCUUUUGUGUUAAUUUGCUUUCAAUUACCUUACUAUU